AUGAAGAUAUUCAAAAGGAAUAUAGUUCCUUCUGAAACAGAAAUUGAACUUGAUAUAACUCCUAUAAGCUCAGGGAUGAGCACUUCUGGUGACUUGAGAACUCCCAAUGCUAGCAAUGAUGUGACUUCUCCAUUUGUGAUUCUUUACCUACUUAUGUCCACAGACUGCUCUGAUGAACUCUCUGAAGACCUGCGUCCCUUGGAUCUUCUCUCUGAAGUGGUUCCCCUGAACUGGGUGAAAAGUGGAAUACGAAUGAUACAAAUCCAAGGAGCACGUGGUUUCCAGCUUUCUGCAACAAACCCUCGCUUCCUCAAUUUUCCAGCAUCACGGAUUUUCAUUUACUGUGACUUAUUCCCAGAGGAAUUCUCCAUUGUGUUUACUAUAAAAACUUCCUACAUGCAAUUCAAGAGAAAUGAAUACAUCUUCACAGUUUUGGAUGAAAACAGUGACACACUGCAACUUGGACUCCGAUAUUCACAGAGUAAACUGCACUUUCUCUUCUGGAGCAGAGACCUUUUGAAUGGUUGGCAGACACAAAUUACUUUUCGGGAUGUCUUUUUGGCGGACAACCAGUGGCAUACGCUUGUAUUGGCAGUAUCUCAAGGCUCCUUCUCUCUCACUGUGGACUGCAGCAUCCCCAUAGAUGUGAUUGCAGAUACUGCUUUUCCAACAUUCUUGACUAUGACAGGAACUCAGUUUUAUAUAGGAAAUAGAAGAAGAAGAAAAGGUUUCUUCACUGGCUUGAUAAGGCAGCUAGUCCUCUUGCCAGGAUCUGAUGCCACUUCAAGGAUGUGCACUGGCAUGAAUGUUAAUCUAGCAGUGCUGUCCAUUCCCCAAAUUCUGCAGGAUCUGCCUGUGAAACCUGCGGGCAAUGAGCUGCUGAAAUACCCUUACGAAGCCGAUAUGAAGCUGACUUUGGGUUCUCGCCCUCCUUGCACCAAGACUGAAAGUGGCCAAUUCUGGUUAAACAUUGUUCGGAAGGGACUACAUCUCUGUACUGGGAAUGAAUGGAUUUCCAUGCUAGAAGUUGAAGAAAGAUUGGACUAUUUGGAAGAAUACCAGAGAUUAGCUACAAAUUCUGAAACCUUGGGAAUUGAGAUCUUUGUCAUCCCUAUGGUGGGUCUUUUUGUAGCUACUGCUAAUCGCUUCACUCCUCCUGGAUCAGCCAUUUAUAAAUGGAUUGAUGAAAAAUUUGUGCCUUACCAAAAUCUCCCCACCUAUCAAGCUCAGUCCUGGGAAUUCUUCACUGUGGGAAAAAAGCUUUUCCUUGUAGUGGCUAAUCUUGAUCAGAAUCCAAGGGGUCAUGAGUUUUCUAUAAUUUAUAAAUGGAACUACAGAAAAGAGAAAUUUACUGUGUUCCAGAGGAUUGCCACUCAUAGUGCUAGGGAUUGGGAAGCAUUCGUCAUUGAUGGAGAGACCUUUCUUGCUGUAGCUAAUCACAGAAAAGGAGAUAACCACAAUAUCAAUAGUGUCAUAUAUAGAUGGAACUCUAAAAGAGGGAUUUUUGAAGCUAAUCAAACUAUUCCUACUUCAGGAGCCUAUGACUGGGAAUUUUUCACUAUUGGUCCUUAUUCCUUUCUGGUGGUAGCCAAUACAUUCAAUGGAACAUCGACCAAGAUUUAUUCUAACAUCUACAUUUGGCUCAAUGGGGGUUUCCAGCUUUUCCAGUCAAUCUUGACUUUUGGUGCUGCUGACUGGGAGGUCUUUUACAUCCAAAACAGAGUUUUUCUUGCUGUGGCAAACAGUCAUAGUUAUGACAGUAGCACUCUACCACCGAUCAACACUUUUGCCAUUAAUUCUUCCAUCUAUGAGCUUAACAUCACAGCACAGUUAUUUGUCAAGUUUCAGGACAUCCCUACAUACAGUGCUUUAGACUGGGAAUUCUUUUCAGUGGGAGAAGACAGCUUUUUGGUUGUUGCAAAUUCCUAUGAUGGUGUGACCUUCUCUGUAAACAGUAUUAUUUACAGAUGGCAAGGAUAUGAAGGUUUCGUAGCAGUUCACCAUCUUCCAACAUUUGGCUGUAGGGAUUGGGAAGCUUUCAACACUACAGCUGGUUCUUACCUCAUGUAUUCAAGUGCAAAAGAACCCCUCUCCAAGGUGCUGAAGCUGAAAUUUUUUUGA